UAGGGUUUACGCCGACGUUGGGGGCGGUGAAGGAGGGGCGACUCUAAUGGCGCAUCGCAGUCCGACAGAUCCUGCUCUCCACAAAUAAACAACAGUAGCGCUUCACGAUCUGGCCUCGUUUGUACUUUUGCCAGUUGCACCGCGCUGCAGCCGCGCAUUGCGCUUUUGCUCAUUGAGCAAACCGCCCGGGCUUCUUCUUAGCGGCUGCUUGGAGCACAGAGGCCCAGAGGAAAGACGGAGGAUCGAUAAUAUGUAACAAGCGACAAAAUGACAUCAAGAUUUAGUAAAACGUACACGCGGAAGGGAGGAGAAGCCAGCUCAAAGUUUGACGAAGUGUUCUCUAACAAGAAAGCUACACUCACCACCAAAUGGGGAGAGUCCACCUACAAGGCGCAUUUGGGCAUCAAACGACCCUCAUUCAAGCCAGAUGUUUCAGAGCUGACCAAACGACCCCGCUUUGAUGAUGACGACAGCUCAGAGGAUCCGUUUGGCUUUGACAGCGAUGAUGAGUCCAAAACAGUCACAUCCAGAGAUACUGCUCAAUCUGAGAUGGACUCGGAUACUGCAGGACCCAAGAAUGAGCAGUUAAAGACCCGGAUGGAAAAGCCCAGCGGGGGGACACUGGUGACCAGUACUUCUUCCUUGGGGAGUAGUACAAACAUCAGCAGAGGGGCGGUUGGCGUGAAUAGCCCAGCUAAAACUUCUCCAGCCUCUUCUUAUGUCACUGGUACUGUAGGAACCUGGAGCAAAUCCAAUGUUACAGUAAGUAAACAGCUCUCCCAGGUCUCCAGCUUGAAGAUCCCAAGUAGAGGCAUCUCCAAUGACUGGGACAGUUUUGGGGAGGACUCUCCUCCUGGAGCCGGUGAGGGCAGUUCUACUCAGACUAGUAACUCUUCUGAUGAGCUCAAGAGUGCAGAGCAGUGCCCUGCUGAACCUGAACCGCCAGUGGAGCAACCUGUUGACUUUGAGCAGCUUCCGCUUCUUAAACCAUCUAGCGACAGAGUGUACAGACGACCACGGGGUAAAGAGACCGAAAGUUCAGCUGCUGGAGAUACAAUUCCUGCUGUGAGUUCGGUGUCAGCUCCUGCACCAGUGAUGAGCAGCAAUGCAGGGGUUGCUGGGAGUUCUGGGGUGAAGCCUCCUGCAGGUCGGGGUAGAGUGAGGGAUUACACCGUUCUUCACCCGUCUUGUGUGUCCGUGUGUAAUGUGACCAUCCAGGACUCCAUUGAAAGGAGCGUGGAUGAUUUUGUUAUGCCAGUGCAAGCUGACAUUGGAGAAGCAGGAACCUUCAGGAGGAAAGCAGACACACAGGCUCCUAAACCUACCAGGUUUAGACCCACUCAGAGCAAAAGUAAAAAGGAGACAAAACUGGAGUUUUUUGGCUUUGAAGAGAACGAGGCUCAGGACGCAGAUGGAGACGCCACUGGCUCUGGCAGCACCAGCUACAAGAUCAAAUACUUUGGUUUUGAUGAUCUGAGUGAGAGUGACAGCGAGGAUGAUGAUGAUUCAGCAGCUAGAGAGAGGAAAAAGAAUAAGAAAGCAGAGGCAGAGGCUUUGUCAACCGGCACAGGAAGUCCACAGUUCAGCGAUUCGCAGGAAAGUCAACAGAGUCAAAGCAGCCUAAGUACAGAUUCUCAGGAGUCACUGGAUGAAACGGGAGCUACGGGUUCACAGAAAGAACGACACAGAAAGCAAAGCAACAAGUCAAAGGAGAUCGGCCGCAAGAUCUUCAGUGGACCAAAAAAAUCUCCUGCUAAAGCUGUAUACAACGCUCGUCACUGGAAUCAGCCUGAGUCGGAGGAAGUUCCAUCUCCUGCUUCUCAUACUGUGGCUGUACCGAAGCCAAGUGCAUCCAGCAGCAGCACAAGCAGCAGCAAAGACACAAAUUCCCAUAAAGAUGAUGGAGUGUUUAAAGCUCCACCGCCUCCACCUAAAGUCAUCAAGUCUGUCACCAUCCCCACUGAGCUGAACCAGGACAUCGUCACUGCACUGAAAUGCAGGAAGGAGCACAAGGAGUUGUAUACAGUGGUCCAACAUGUGAAGCACUUUAAUGAUGUGGUGGAGUUUGGGGAGAAUCAGGAGUUCACAGAUGACUUUGAGUAUCUAGAGACGGGCUUGAAGAGCACACAACCUCUCAACACACGCUGCCUUAGUAUAAUCAGUCUGGCCACACGCUGUGCCAUGCCAAGCUUCCGAAUGCAUCUGAGAGCCAGAGGGAAGGUGGCGCAGGUCUUUAAGAUGCUCAGUGAUGCUCAACAGCACCCGAAUAUGGCUCUCUGCACGGCGUCUCUGAUGUAUAUAUUGAGUCGAGACCGGCUGAAUAUGGAUCUGGAUCGGUCUUGUCUGGAGCUGAUGAUCCGGCUGCUGGAAAUGGAGCAGGACGACUCUGUAGCGGACCAGUUAACAGCUAAAGAGAUGAGCAAAGUAAAAGAGAAAAUCAGGAAACUCUGUGAAACAGUCCACAACAAGCAUCUGGAUCUGGAGAACAUCACAACUGGUCAUUUAGCAAUGGAAACGCUGCUGUCUCUGACGUCGAAGCGAGCUGGAGACUGGUUUAAGGAGGAGCUGCGUUUACUUGGGGGACUGGACCACAUCGUAGAUAAAGUAAAAGAGUGUGUGGAGAACUUGAAUAAAGAAGAAGAUAAAGAGAGUCUAGUGGCGUCACUCUGGGGAGCAGAACGCUGCUUGCGAGUUCUGGAGAGCGUUACAGUUCAUAACCCUGAGAACCAGGCUUAUCUGAUUGCCUACAAAGACUCCCAGCUCAUAAUGUCCUCAGCAAGGGCCCUGCAGCACUGUGAGCAGAUGAUCCAGCGUUACAGCCGAGAGGUCUCUUCAUCAUCGAGCUCUACACUCCCGCAGAGCAGUCACAGUAAUGUGGGCAAAGCCGUGGAGGAUUGCAUGAGAGCCGUGAUCGGAGUUCUGCUCAACCUCACACAUGAUAACGAGUGGGGAAGCACUAAAACAGGAGAGCAGGACGGCCUGAUACUGACCGCUCUGGACUGUGUUCUGAAGGUCCCGCGCUAUUUGCCUCAGGAACAGAGAUUUGAUAUCCGUGUACUGGGUCUGGGUCUACUGAUUAAUCUGGUGGAGUACAGUGCCAGAAACAGAGAGUGUCUGGUGGAGAUGGAGGUGGACAUGAGCUACCUAAUGGAGGCUGAGGCUGUCGUUAAGAUAGAGAACGAUGUGAAGACAGAGGAACAAAAACGCGAUCAAAUGGAAGAAGAAGAAAAGCGAAAAGCGACGCUAAAAUCAUUAAAUGCCUUGGCUGCUCUGGUUCAGCUCUUCCUCGAACGGGAGCGAGCAGCUGUGCUUGCUGAGGCACAGACUGAUGACCUCAUAAGUGAGGCACCCAAAUCUCAGGCAGACCAGAGCGGAGAGUGGCAAGAAACAUCUGGAGAGAUCCAGUGGGUUGCCUCUGAAACCAAUGACACAAAUGACAAGAAAGAGGAGGAAGAAGAAGAGCUCGACCUCAACAAAGCCUUGCAGCAUGCUGGGAAACACAUGGAGGACAGCAUUGUGGCGUCUUACUCAGCUCUUCUGCUUGGGUGUCUCUGUCAGGGGAGUCCGAUGAAUGUGAAAACCGUACGGGAAAAUCUUCCUAAAGGAGAUUUCUCCAUCAUGACUGAAAUGCUGAAGAAAUUCCUUAAUUUUAUGAACCUGACGUGUUCUGUUGGAACCACAGGACAGAAAUCUAUCUCACGGGUGAUUGAUUAUUUGGAGCACUGUUAGCAGAGGUGUCGCAGUUCCCCCUCCUACUCCGUGGGAUAAAUCUGGACCUGGCAAUGUGCCUUAGGCCCUUCAGGACAACAGAAAGCAGAUCUGGUGGUAAAGGUGGCUAAGCAUCGCUACAGAGACUUUCAUGAUUCUUUUCUCUCUCUUUUUUUUUUUUUUUUUUGCUUGUGCUUUUUAUCUUUUUCAAAUGCUGUCUUUGUCAUGCUCACACACAAACACACACUUUCAGCUGUGUGUUUAGCAGAAUAUUUUGUUUUUGAAGCACUGAUGAAAUGAUGAAAACUGUUUGAUCAGAAGUAUAAUUUUAAGCUAGCUGUUCUUGUUUGUAGUGUUGAGAUUUACCCUAAACAGAGUAACUUUAUUGAUAUUUCAAACACUUGAGCUCUGAGGCUUUGUUCACACUGCAGGCAAAUCUGAUUUGGUUUUAAAAUCCUCCUAUUACGACUGACUGUUUGCACAUGAUAUUUGCUCAGAUAGUCUUUUAUCAGCUUUAUUUAUAUUAAUAAUGAUGUAAGCGUAAAUUGUCUUAAGAGAUGUUCUCGCAUCAUAAGUGAUUGUUGUAGCAACUGGAAAUCAUACGCAUCUUGCAUAGUACAGGCAUUUUAAGUAUUCAUGAAUAUACAAUACCCAAAAUCAGUGUUGGAGACAAUAUCAUUCAAAAGUUUGGGGUUGGUAAGAGUUUUAGAAACUAUUAAUUUGAAGAAUUGGACUAUUCACAUCAAAUCUAUAUUUAUUUAAUAAAAAAAAAACUAAAUUUUACAUAUAAUUAAAAUAUUUUUAUGCAAAUAUAUUUUACAGCGUAAUUAAAUCAUGUGGUGCAAAGCUGAAUUUUAAGCGGAUAGUCUUCAGUGUCAAAUAAUCCUUCAGUAAACAUUUAGAAGAAUGGUGCUUUUUAUCAAUAUUUAUCAUUUGUUUUUAUUAAUUAUUUAUUAGGGGUGUACAGAUCACAACCCACAGUUCAGAACGCACAGGGCCCAUGGAAUAAAAACCUUUUUUGAACUUGUAGGUUAAUCCAACAUUUAUAACAAUUGCAGAGAGAUUGCCUCCCGCAUCAUUUAAAUCAUGUGUAUAAAAUCACCUAAAUACUUUCUUAGGUUAUUAAUUAAAGGUGUUUUCUGUCACUGUUUGUUUAGCCUGGAUUAAUGCGUUCAGUGUAAAGAUGCACAAUUAAACAUUCAAAGAUUGUGAUCUCAAUUUAAACCCGCGAAACAUGAAUGAUAAAUGAGAAUGAUUUGCAUGUGUUUAUUAAUCCUUCGAAGCGCUGCAUUUUAAUCUGCGUUUGAUCGAGAGACAUUAAGUUUUUACACUUUUUCAGUUCGUUACAAACAAUUAAAUAACACAGAAAUACUGGAAGAACAGUUUAGAGUUCAUAUAUAAACACUGAUGUUUAUGGUAAAGAUUAAAAUCACCGUUUAAUGGAACUUGAUGCUGGUGAAUGUUGUAGCAAUUACAUUGUGUAACCAAUAAGUGGCGACACACAACCAUCAAAAUGAUGUCACUAAAUAGGUAUUCAAAAAUAAUAUACCUGUAAUGAAAUAUGAAGUUUUAUGUGUGAAUUGGUGAAUCAUUCAUUGAAAAUAAAGAUGAUAUGUUGUACAAGAUUAGAUUUCUAUAUUUAGCAUCAUCAGCAACAGUAGCGAAGAUCAUUUUUCUUAUUGAAUAUGUUCCUUUUUUUCAGCUGGUUCUUUUUUUAUUUUUAUUUUUAAUAAAAUUACAGGUUUUAAGUUCUGUUUGUUAAACCAAUGUUUUUUGCAAUAAUAUUUUAUUAUAAAUGGAAACAAAUGACAUUUGUCUCCUUCCUCUUUUGCUGAUCCUAAAAAUGGUCCGAUCCGUGACUCAAAAACUGUAAUGUGAUCCGAACCGUAAAACUUGUGAUCCGUUACACCACUAUUAUUUAUCAUUUAUUAGUAUUAUUAAUUUAUUACAGACAGUUGUCCUGAUUAAUAUUUAUGUGGAAACAAUGUUCAGAAUUGUAUGAAAUCAGGAUUUGUUUUUUUGAUGAAUGAAAAUUCGCAAGUACAAGAUUUUAAAUGGUGAGAAUAAAGUGGCAGUAAAUGUUGAUGUAUUUUUAAACCCAAUAUCUUGUUGAAUUGAUUCAUUAUUAACUAAAUCCCAUUCUUUUGAAAGGUAUUGUAUAUAAUUUCAUGAAUAAAAAAUAUGAAUAGGUUAAUAAAAAUAGGUUAAGAAAAUAUGCAAAGUUUGCCCAAGAUGCCUGAUGAACCAAAGACAUUCCAAACAUUAAAAAACAAAUUAUGCAUUAAUCAGAUUAAGUAGAUUUUGUGUGUGUGUGUGUGAUUUAAUAAAAUUAAUGAAUUCCUCGAGUGGAUUCUUUUAAUAUUCUGUGGAGUCCUGCUUGAAGAAUAAUUUAUGGCCAUGUCUAACAUAUAAAUUGAACUCAAGCUUUUAUGUUUGAUUUCUUAAAGAAACACUUCACAGUGAUGACAGUAAGCAAGACAUUUUGAUUGUUUUUACCUGAAUAUCUCGGGAGGAUUGCUGUUUUCUGUUUUUUUUAUGGCUUCUUUGAUCAUCCACUGGCUUUUGUAGUUUUACAUUUUCUCUGUGUGAAGAAUAAUCACUUUACCAGUGAUUAAAAAACAUUACAGGUUAUUUCUUUUGUUUUUAUUCUGUUUAUUUAAUUAGUUUGGUAGGCUGUGCUGUGUGAGCCCCAUUUUAGAAUUGAAAAGGAAAAAAAAGACAGCACUUGAAAGUAGUUGAUGUUUGGUGGGUUUAUAAAGAAGUCCAUCAAAAUGCUCAUCCGCUGUUAAUUUAAUGAUAUUAUGGUUUUAAUGUAAUGGGACGAUUGAGGUUUUGUUGUUUUAUAAUUUUAUGAAAAGUUUUUCUUUACCUUUUGAUGUGAUCCAGGACAACUUGUUUCUUUCAUCUCAUUUUAUUUCCACCCUGUCUUUGUCUGCAAAAUGGCUGGAAGCUGCUGAAAGAGAAAAGAGAAAACAAAACAGUGCAUCCUUUUUUUCAGACUGAACGAAGCAAAAGUGUCCUCUAUUCCUUUCAGAUCCUUGCUGAAGCAGAGCCAUAUGGAGUAAAGCUUGUUCUAUUUUGUAAAGCUAAAGCAAGUUUUACUAUAAGUUAAUUUACUGAUCUGAAUUUGGAUGAUUUUUUUUCUUUUAAUUGUAAAUAUUUCUGUACAUAUUUCAUGUAAGACUGCUAGAAUACUUCCACCAAACCUGAAUAUUCUUUAUUUUAUACUUUCCCACCCUUUUAUUGCAUUAUUUUUAGAUAAAAAAAGUACAAUUACAAGAAAUAUAUAAAUAUUAUAUAUAAAUAUAUAUAUUAAAGGAAAAACUAUUUGUACCAUUUUUCCAGGAUGUUGUCUUUGGUUACAAUGUAAAUAAUUUUACCUUGAAUAAAUACUUGCUACUUUCGGUA